CUUUUGCGUCCGCCUCUCCGGACAAGCUGCCAGAAUCACCAUUUUACAUUCCCAGUUGCCAUUAGCCUUGCAUCUGCACAAAUAAAGAACAUGGUCCAAGAAAACUCUACUGAUCCCAUAGAUAUGGGACAAGAAAAGACGAGCGAAGCCAUGCAAGUCGGACCACUCGUCUCACCAACCAAACACAUUUCCAAGAAAACAUUUACCGACGCCAAUGUCCAAACCGACCCUGUCCGCAUCAUUAGUCCCGGCGAACCCGGCUACACCACGACUGUCCCCGUCAAACCACCCACCUCCUCCAUCCUCAAACCCAUCCAACAAGCCCGACCGAAACCCGAAUGGACGGACGAUGACAGUGAGGACUUGAUUGUGGAUGUUGAAGGCGAGGACAGUGAUGCGAGUACGAGGAAGAAAAAGAAGGUAAAGGGCAAGGCCAAGACGGUUAAAAAGGCAAAAGGCAAGGGGACAGGUGAGGAAGACGAGGAAACCGCUAAAAAACGCAAGCCAACGACAACCAGCAAAAAACCUGUAAAAGCCAAGUCCAAACUCCCACCUAUCGACCCGACAGAACUCCUUGACCUCUCAACCACCUACCCCGAUACCUACUGGACCCACCUCCCAACCACAACCUCCAUGAUCGACACCGUCAACGAAACAACACCCCUGACACUCGUCAAACAAGCCGACAUGCGCGACGCAGGGCACAUUACGGGUAUGGUCCUCUCACCCGACGGCAGCAUGCUCGCAACAUUCUGCACAAUGGGUCUCGCAAAAAUAUGGGAUCUUGAAACCUACCGCGUCAUUCAAACCCUCCAAGACACGUCUGAACCCAAUAUUGAUGAAUUCUAUGUGGGACGGUUCACACCUACCAUGACCCGCCUCGUCGUAGGUGGGAAACUCAAGGACCCCAAGAAAUGGAGUGAUGAGGAUGAGGAUAAUCAUAUUUUGCCGUGUCCUCUUAAAGUGUUUGAUUUGAUUUCUGGGAAUGUGGUUGAGAGGCUUGAGGGGCAUGAAGAGGAGAUUUUGUGUUGUAAAAGUGUCGAGUUUCGGGGGGAGAGGUAUUAUGUUACUACCAGUCAGGAUGGGUAUAUUAUUAAAUGGAAAGUAGACCAAGAUUGGAGUCGGUUACAAGAGUAUAAACGCAUGGAAGAUGGCAAGACGUGCAUGGCGUUCAACGUCUCGUUUCUACCCAACACUGGAAACAAGUACUUUGUCGCAGCAUGCGAUGGCGGGAUAUGUCUCUUUGAUUUUGAAAACGCAGUGAAACUCCAAACAUUUGAAAAUCUUUAUACGUGCUAUUGCGAUUGUACCAAAGUCGUGGAAUGCCUAGAGUACCCUGAACCCCCUCGGACAUGGCAAACGGUCUUGGAAGAUGGGGAGCCGAUGUUUACUUAUCUCUUAAGUCGGGGUGUUGAAGAAGUGGAUACUGUGGAUGGAGGGGAUGUGCCGAUUAAUACGGAGCCGAACACGGUGCGAUUGCAUAAACUUGUUUAUCCCACGCGACGGGGCGGAGUGUUUUCGUUGGAGGAGGUCAAGAGGUUUCAGCAUGAAGAGUACCGCUCCAACUCUUGGUUAACAAAAAUCUCGUCCAACGGCCGAUACGUUCUUGCUCCCACAUAUGAUGGAGCCGUUGUCGUGUUUUCAUUGGCGAGUGGGCAAGUGACGGCUGUCUUGCGGGAUCAUGAGGGGGUGGAAGUGAGAGAUUGUGUCUGGGGAUGGAGGUGGGGACAGGUGUUUACAUGUGGUGAUGAUGGGACGGUCAAGGUGUAUGUGCAGGACAGGGAUACGAUGGACGAGUCAUGAUGGGUGGACGGGAUGAUUGGGUACGAGGCCAAGUGUCAACGCCAAACUAGGGGCGCGUCAUUUCAUUCGCUAUCCAACCCGGCUUGGUUCUCAAGCACUUAUCCAGUGUUCCAAAACAAAACUCUUUAAUGCGCACCUUUAAUAACAUUUUAUUGUUGUUGAGCAGCCCAUUGCUCGGGUGUAAAUGUUUUUUGUGAAAAGGCGUGGAUUUGUGAUAUUUCGUCCUUUAGUGCUUCGUUGACCAUCCUGAUCCCAACAUUAUGAAUAAACUCACAAAAACAAACCGUUCGUAGUAAGAUUGCGGAUAUUUACCUGUGUCGACUCAAGAGAGGUUUCCCGGCA